CGCGCGAUUGUCCACCGAUCAUCAGUUGCUGAUCGAUCGUUCUAGCGGCUAGACGCACUACCUCUAGAGACCUCCCCCGGGCCAUAAUCCGUCCAUCAUCUAACCGUUUCAUCCCAAUUAACCGUGAAGUACAACGUUAGCAUUAGUGAAGCGUUCCGAAGUGCGACGAUGGCGCUCCUACCGUUCGAUAUCGAUGUGAGCGCACCGGGCGAAGAGCUGAUGGAGAUAGCGCGCCGCGAGUUGCGCGAAACGCCGGAAAUCCGGGCAGCGGCCAUCGAGGAGCUCCGGCUGCUACUCAAGACAACCACCGAUAUGUACUUUAGCGACGAGGAAGACUUUCUGCUCAUCUUUCUACGUCCGUGUCAUUUCUACGCCGAAAGUGCACUCAAAAUGAUGCGACGGAUUGCGGAAUUCAAGCGAAGCAACCAACCACUGCUGGACAAUCUGAAGCCCGAGGAAGAGAAGCGAGCGUUCGUGGAGCACAGCGUGGUGAACGUGUUGGUCAACAGGGACCAGAAAGGGCGCCGAGUGUUGCUUGUUAACUGUGGUGCCGCCUGGGACCCGAAAGCGGUCAGCUCGGAGCAACUGUUCCGUGUGUUUUUCCUCAUCCAUCUAGUAGCCCAGCUAGAGCCAUCGACGCAGAUCAACGGUAUCGUCGUGGUGCUCGAUUUCGAUGGACUAUCGCUGAAGCAAGUGAAGGCACUGUCGCCCGCCUUCUGCAAGCGGCUGAUUACGUUCAUCCAGGAUGCGAUGCCCCUACGCCUGAAGGAGGUUCACAUCCUCAAGCAGCCGUUCAUCUUCAACAUGGUCUGGGCUCUCUUCAAACCAUUCAUCCGCGAGAAGCUCAAAAGCCGCAUCUUCUUCCACGGUAUGGACAUGCGGAAGCUGCACAAGCACAUCGACCAGUGCGAUCUACCGGCAAACUAUGGUGGUGAUCUACCUCCGCUGAACUAUGGUGGACGCGAGUGGUAUCCCUGUGUGUUCAACUACAUCGAUCACGUCAACCAGUGGAACACGUUCGGCUUCCGAUCGAUCGAUCUGCAGUGAUCUUGCGGGGGGGGUUCACCUCACGAACGACUACUUAGAGGGGCUGCUAGAUACUUAUGCUACGGGGACCACACACAAACACACACACACAGAUACCACAGUUCAAAUAGGUUUAACUCACAACGAUCACGAUCGCUCUUAUCACGGAUUGUACCAAAGGGGAUCUACUUCCAUGGUAACGAGCUGGCGCAGUUCCAUCGGUACGUUAGCCCCGACCAUCUACCGGCUGACUACGGUGGCACACUGCCAGCCAUCGACUACACCGGACGCGAUUGGUAUCCGUGCGUCGAGACCCGGAUCGAAC